UAUACAAUUUAUUUGAAAACAUUGUUGAAACAAGCAUUAUAUGACUGCAGCCUCGUUAGAAAUGCCUUAACUUUUGCAGUCUUUUGUCUUUUUGUCACCCAGUUACAUUUUCGAACUUCUGGUCAAAGUACGAAAUCACUCGAGAAAGUGAUUUCAUUUUCCGUUGCAAAUCAAAUUGGUGGUGCAAUACAAAGACAGUUCGCGGACGCCUUGAAAGUUCAUGUUCAACAGCAAGCGAAUGACGGUUGGAAGAGGAAGCAACUGGAUGUUUGGUCAACCAGCAAAGCAGCUGGUGGCGACAAAGGAAACCUAUAAGGGCUUACCAGUGGAACUUCAAAAUCUACAUGUCAUUAAGAAACAUCAGAUGUUUGUUGGAAUCCUCAAAAGUUCUAAACUCUUCGUACAAAAACAGGAACAACGUGAACUACUUGACAAAAAUGGGGAUUGCAAUAGAGUUUUGGUCUAUGGAACCGACUUGAGACACAAAAAACUAUUUUUGUUGAGCCACGACGAAAAAACGAAUUUACAGAGGCAAUGGAAGGAUUUUAUGAAAACGUUUGCAACCCAGAGAACAAGGUGCUGUUUCUUGUUGUUUGCUAAAGAAAGACGGCUUGUCAAGUUUAAAACCUUGUAUAGUAAUAAGCUUGUUGGCGAAUCUGCUAAAAACCUGUCAGAUUUGGUGGAAAUAAGUAAUAAUUUCAUGUCCAGUGUCCGCGAAUAUAAUCCUUGA